AUGCCAAUCCUUAUGCAUCAUCCUGCUUCUUCCAAAUUCUCACUUGCUGAAACCCCAAAUUUCCCUUCAAAAUCUUGCAAAGGCUUGUGCUUGUCCUUACAAUUACCAAAUAAGCGAACCCGUGUUCCGUUUUGUUCCAAGAAUGGAGUUUCCGAGGAUUUUACAGAUACCCUUUUGUCCAAAGAAACUGAAAAUGAAUUUGAAGAGCUUGAGUUACUUAACAAGCCAUCUCCAAAGCCAUUAGAUGAUGGGUCUACUGAAGAAAUAGUGGAAAUUGAACCGGAGAAACCUGAUAAAGAUGAAGUCUUGGAGACUUUUUACAAGUUCUUUAGGCUAUCGGAUGAAGAAAAUGAUUCAGAAGGAAGUAAAAUUGAGAGCUCUAGUCAAGAGGAGAAUAAGAAAGUUAGUGUAGAGUAUUAUGACCCGAAUCCUGGUGAUUCAGUGGUGGGAGUUGUUGUUUCCGGGAAUGAAAAUAAGCUCGAUGUGAAUGUGGGUGCAGAUUUAUUAGGAACAAUGCUGACUAAAGAGGUGUUGCCUUUGUAUGAUAAGGAGAUGGAGCAAUGA